AUGUCUCGAACCUGGGCCUGUAGCUAUCACAGAGUGGGAGCUGACAACACCCUCCCCAGAGAGAGCAAACGCGCCAGCACAGGCGGUACCAGUCCAGAAGGAAGUCGCAAUGCAAGUCAAAGGUUCCGCAUGUGUUUGAAACUAGCAGACAAUCUUCCAGUUUGGAGUGGCUUGACAUCUGAAUGGUGCAAGUUUGACCACAACGGCGACACUCUCAAGCGCGCUGAGAGGAUUCGAGGCUGGUGCUGGAAGGCGACUACCGUCUUUUGCGGAGUGGAUGUCUGUCGGUCGACCAUGCUGGGUGUCUCGCUGUUUGAGCAGCGCUACACUUGUCGUGGCACCUUCACGGCAUCAAUGUGCAAGGGCUGA